CUCCGCUAUGAUCUCCUUGUCCUUCUUGAAUUUCGAUGACAUGGCUCCACGGUUUGUGGGCAGAGGACCCCCCUGUUAUGGCCGAGGACUUUCCGCUCUCUUCCGUCCGCUUCCCCUCGAUGGAGCCCGAAGAAGGCUGCGCGCUGCGGUGCGUCUGCGGUCCGGAUUCAGGGCAGGAGACGCGGUGCUGGAGCAUCGGUCCGCUGCUGCGCUUCCCUCCUCCGAACACAAAAGGCAACAGUCGAGCUCAGAACUGCAGCGGCAACAUGAUGCGAAGCUCCAGCUCUCUCCAAACCAUCAUCAUGAGCUCUGAUGGGGAUAAACAACCCGCAGAGGAAACGUCAGAGUCCGUGAACGCCUCUUCUGCCCCCUCCCCUGAGACUGAGCUCACCGUGACCAUCGGAGCGACCGUGCCCACCGGGUUCGAGCACACGGCGGCAGAGGAGGUGAAGGAGAAGAUCGGAGUGGAUGCUCGGGUCAGCAGAGACCGGGGACGCAUCUAUUUCCCGGUUUCUACUGAUAAACUCUUUCAGGUUCAUCGUCUGCGGUCUGUUGACAAUCUGUUUGUCGUGGUGAAGGAAUACGAUCAAUAUCACUUCAAAGAAUCCAAGGAAGAGACGUUGAUGGAGUUGCAGGAACUCGCAUCCAAACUUCCAUGGACUAAUGCGCUGGAGGUGUGGAGGUUAAACCGAACCCUGAAGAAGAAGAAAGGCCACAGAAAAGGAGGGCACUCCACCAGAGCGAAGCCGGACUCCGAGGUCUGCGAUACGGCUGAGCAGCAGCAGCAGGAGCCGGCCCAGGAGCAGAGCGGGGACGCUCCGGACACGGAGAGCCAGCCGCCGGAGACGGCCGCCGAGGAGAAACUCGUCAAGUUCCGCGUGACGUGCAACAGGGCGGGAGACAAACACAGCUUUUCCUCCAACGAGGCAGCCCGGGAUUUUGGUGGAGCGGUCCAAGAAUUCUUCCAGUGGAAGGCGGACAUGACAAAGUUUGACGUCGAGGUUCUACUGAACAUCCACAAUGAAGAGAUGGUGGUUGGUAUCGCCCUGACGGAAGAAAGCCUUCACAGGAGAAACAUCAGUCACUUUGGGCCCACCACUCUGCGUUCCACCUUGUGUUACGGCAUGCUCAGGCUGUGUAAACUCCAGGCCUCUGAUAUAAUACUGGAUCCUAUGUGUGGAACUGGAGCUAUUCCUCUGGAGGGAGCCAUAGAGUUCAACAGUUCCUUCUACGUUGCUGGUGACAACAACGACAUGGCGGUGAGCCGCACGCUCAACAACAUCUGUCACAUGCAGAAGAGGAGGGCGGAGAAGGGAAGCUCACCUGGGCUCCCCGUUGACACGGUGCAGUGGGAUCUGUGCCGGCUGCCCGUCCGGACCGGCUCUGUGGACGUGAUCAUCACCGACAUGCCGUUUGGGAAGAGAAUGGGCUCCAGGAAGAAGAACUGGGACCUGUACCCCUCCUGCCUGAGGGAAAUGGCCCGGGUGUGCAGGCCGGGCUCGGGGAAGGCCGUGCUUCUAACCCAGGACAAGAAAUGCUUCUCCAAGGCUAUUUCCAGAAUGGGCGGGCUGUGGAAAAAGCUGCACACUGUUUGGGUCAACGUCGGUGGUUUACACGCCGGAGUCUACCUGCUGAAGCGGACCGCCGGCGUGUUUGGCCAAACUCCUGAAGAUGUCCAUGAGUCACCGGCAAGAGUUUAUAAGCAAACGGAUGAGAAGGAGGACGAUUAAUUCUACCCGGACUCUUAUGUCGGAGGAACUCUGUUUACGUUGCUCAUUUCUUUUAAGCAUUUUGGUUCAAGGAUGCCAAACAGUUAAAGGUUGAAAUGUUUAAAACUAAUCGUUGAGUUUAUUCUGGCUGCUUCAGUUGGUAUUAAUAAAGGCUGUUGCAUAAACCCUUC